AAAGAAGGGGGAAACAGGGGAGGGGUUUUGCGGAAUCAGGGGAGAGGGGAGAAGAGGGAGGCGGCGCGGUGGGUGCCACUGCCACCGUCGCCGCCGUCGCUAACAAAGGAGAGGAAGGCCUGCGCCGGUGUGCUAUCUUUACUGCCGCCGUCGUCUGGCCGAGGAGAAGAGAAGAGCGCCGCGCCGCCAUGAGCUCGCCAUCGCGGUGGAGGCCGAACGCCUUCGAGGUUCUUGCCGCCACCUUGGAGCCGCAUCGUUGUUGCUGCCAAGGCCUCCUUCGUCGCCGUCCUUGGUGGCUCACGAACAGAGAGCGCAUGCGCGGGGUGGAGGACGGUGCUGCUGCCGCCACCGUUAAAGCCGUCGCGAAGAGGGAAGAGUGCUGCUUCACGCCUCACCGUCAGUCUUUGCCAUUUAGGGUUACAGUUGUGCCGCCAGUGAAGAGGAGCGGGAGAAGAAAACCCAAGCUGGUGGAGCAGUGGGGAAAACCGCCGUCGAUCAUGCCUCCUCCCACCGCCAAAUCUGCUCCUACUUCUGGUUUCUGGAAUCUGGCCAGAACGCCAUUGCCACUGGCGAUGGGUUGCCGAGAAACCAUGCUGCCAUCGCUAGAAGAACACUGCCGCGGUCAUCUAAGUCGCGUGGAGGGAGGAAGAGCCGUUGGGGGUCGCCACACCUUGCCUCCGUCGCCUCUGCCACCAAAAACAGUCGCUGAGUCCUCGGUAUCGGGUUUUGGAGUUGUGUUUGCAUUCCGUGCUCGGAGUUGCAGCUGCCUCAUUUUGUCAUUCCAUUAGAGCCGAUUAUGCUGCUGCGAAAAUGUGUGGGGCAGUGCUUUGAAGCUGCCUUUGGUUUUGGGUCGAGACAAAAAGGAUUUCUGAGAGGCGUUUGGAUUAUAGUUUCAAUUUGUCAAGGAUAUGGGCGCAGAAGUUACGAAGAAUUUAUUUAGUUAUUGUUGUGAUGUUCUGUAUUGCUUUAGAUUAUUAAUUAUUGUACCCUCGCCUUUAUCUUGAUAUAUUCUGUAAGAGGGAUAGGAAUUGUAUUGGUUAAUGUCUGUAAUAUUAUUUAUAUAUAUGUGUGUAUAUAUAUGGAUGUACUCUUUAUGAGUUUUUGUAAGUUGUAUGGUUUCUUUGGAUGUACGUUAUCGAACGAAAGUAUUUUUGGGAUCGGUAAUUGCGGUUUAAAGUUUCAGACAGGCUCAUAUUUUAGUAAUAAAUAGUAUAAGAGUCGUCGUAAUGUCCGAGCUAUCAGAGUAGCGCAGCCGGAAGCGUGAGCUUUGGUAGUUAGGGUGUUACACUUAUUACCAUUUGAUGCCGUGAUAUGUGUGUUAAGUGAUUUCAGGGUUUAUAGGGUAGGAAUGGCUUAGAGAAUGGAAAAGAAGCAUGCAAAAGUGGAAGGAACACAAGAAAAUGAAGAUUUGAGAAGCUGAUGCCGACGCGCACGCAUGAACAACGUGUGCGCGUGAUCGCACCAUACUUCAAGCGACGCGUACGCGUGACAUGACGCGUACACGUGACCAAUAAUUUCUUCAUCGACGCGUAUGCGUGACAAAGCGUCACGUGCUGUAAUUGCAAAAAAUGCUGGGGACGAUUUCUAGGCUGCUUUUGACCCAGUUUCAAGCCCGAAAAUACUGAUUAGAGGCUGCAGAGUGAGGCUGGAAGGAAUCAUUCAAUCAUUCACACUUUCAUUUACACAAUUUUAGGUUUUAGAUGUAGUUUUCUAGAGAGAGAGGAUCUCUUCUCUCUAUAGGUUUUAGGGUUUUUUCUUUCAAUGUCUCUUUAGGUUCAGGUUCAAUCUUACUUUUAUUUAGUUUUCUUCUACUCUUAUUUGUUCUAGCACUUUAGUUAUUUACUUCUCUCAUUGAUUCCUUUAUUUUCCUAAU